GAAAUCAAAAUAUUUAUUGUGGCUGCUGUCUUUCCCCUUACAUUUUAACUGUGUCAGAUAUUUUGUCUGAAACUGCCACCUCAGUCACCUAUAUCACAAAAUUCACUCUCCUGUCUCCAUGAAGCCCAUAUUUUCUGGCAACAUGAAUCUCUCCAAAACCUUAACCAGAGGGCCAACUGUAUUAUUUCUUAAAAAAGCACCAGAAUUGAUUGCGAAUCCCACAUGGGUCCGUCAAUUUCAUCGCUCUAAUGCAAAAUUUCCUGUAAUUUUUUGCUCUAAACAAGAUUAUUCUCCAUCUGGGCAUACUUUACUGCGUGCCGUUGCAUCAGAUUCUAUUUCUGGUGUGCGUCAGCAAGAAAGGAUGGAGAACGUUGAAGAGGGUAUAGAGAAGGUUAUUUACGGGUGCCGUUUCUUCGCAAUUCUAGCUGUUUGGGGGUCUCUGGUUGGAUCUUUUCUUUGUUUUAUCAAGGUAAAUAUCACCAUUGAUGACCUAAAAUAUUCCCUCUUUUUUUCUUUUAUCUACCAUUUGUUUAUAAUUUGGGCAAUCAUGGUACUUGUCCAGUUUUCUUGACUGUUUUUUUUU